AUGUCAUCAGCAGCCCAGGAAGAAUUCAACCAGCUGGUCAACAGCAAUCGCGAGCGAGCCUCCCGUCACCCCGAGGAUAUCGACUCUGACGACGAACCCCACUUCUCCGACGACGAGUCUUCUACCCGUAACUUGCGCCAGCGCCACGCCGUUGAUUCCUCCGACGAAGACGAAGACGAGGUUGAUAGAAACAUGGUCUCCUCCCGCAACUACCACAUCCCCAACACCGUUUACGAUGCCAACACUGGGCCUAAGGGCGUCAUCGCUGACGCCCAGGCCUUCGAGCGUGCCCGCAAGAAGUCCUUCCGCCAGACUCUCCUCAGCGCUGCCGGCUUCGACUCCAAGGCCACCCGCGAUGAGACUCCCCCGCCGCCUGCGGAGGGGUCAUCGGGAAGCGAGGAUGACGAGGACCGCUUUAUGCGCAAGUGGCGUACUUCCCGCAUGCACGAGCUUCAAGGUCGUCCUCGCCGAGCUUCCCCACGCGGCCGCCGUUACGGCACCGUUGAAACCGUCGAUGCUGCGGGGUACCUCGAUGCUAUCGAGAAAGUCACGCCCGACACUGUUGUAUUAGUUUGUAUUUAUGACCCGCAGUCUGAUGAUAGCGCUAUCGUGGAAGAAUGUCUCGUCACCAUUGCCCGCAGACAAUCUUCAAUCCGCAUCGUCAAGCUGCACCAGGAUAUUGCCGAAAUGAGCCACAUUCAGGCCCCGGCUCUCCUGGCCUACCGUGGCGGUGACGUUUUCGCUACCAUCGUCAAUGUCAUCCGUAGCAUUCCCAAGGGCCGCAGCUGCAGCGCCGAUAGCCUGGAAGACUUGUUGAAGCUAAACCGCGUGCUGUAA